AUGGCAUCUUUUGAAAAAAAAAAAAUCUCGACGACUAAAGAUCAAGAUUUGGUCACGGGCCCUGGCAAAAAAGCAUUACAGGUAGCUACGGAAACUAAGAAGGACAAGCAACAAAAAGAACGUCCAAACGCCUUUUUAGCUUUUCGAAUCAUGAAUCAACAAAUUGUGCAUCAUGCCGCUGAAAUUCAGAAGGAAAUCAUUCAAUCAAAUCCACUUCUCUCACAAGCUAGUGUUUCCAUUGCGAAGCUUCACAUAACACUCAUGGUAUUCGAACUGAAAAACGAUGAAGAUAAACAAAGAGCUCAGCAAUGUUUGAUUAAAGCAUGCCACCGCAUUCGCAUGGCUCAACUGGUGCCACCUCAAAUUCGCUUUGCUGGCCUGUCCAACUUUAACGAUAGAGUUCUGUUCAUGAAUCCCGUCAAUGAUGCACAUCUCGAUGUGCUCAAACAAAUUGCUACAAUUUGUCGAGAAACAUUUGAAGAAAAUGGAAUAUUGCGGCUUGAUAAUCGUCCGUUACAUCCUCACCUCACAUUAUUUCAACUAAAGCAGGGUUCCGUAUAUGAAGGAUUGACAAAGAUUGAUUCAAGAAUUUUAAAUAAAGAAAUAUUGAAAUUAAAUUAG